UAUUUGCAUUGGUUAAAAUGGAUCUGCCGUUUAGCCAUUGGCACAGCUUCAUUUUCGCGCCUAGCAAUAGCUAUAAAAGGUGAGUUUUUAUGUACUACUACUCACUUUUGGCGGGGGUCAAGAUUAGUUCAUCAUGUCUGGACGGGGAAAGCAGGGCGGUAAGGCUCGCGCCAAGGCUAAGACUCGGUCUUCCCGCGCCGGACUCCAGUUCCCAGUGGGCCGAGUGCAUCGCCUGCUCCGCAAGGGGAACUAUGCAGAGCGGGUUGGAGCCGGCGCGCCGGUGUACCUGGCGGCGGUGCUGGAGUACCUGACUGCCGAGAUCCUGGAGCUGGCGGGCAACGCGGCCCGCGACAACAAGAAGACACGCAUCAUCCCGCGCCACCUGCAGCUGGCCAUCCGCAACGACGAGGAGCUCAACAAGCUGCUGGGCAAAGUCACCAUUGCGCAGGGUGGCGUCCUGCCCAACAUCCAGGCCGUGCUGCUGCCCAAGAAGACCGAGAGCCAUCACAAAGCCAAGGGUAAAUAA